AUGAUUUCAGGUCCUGGAUCUUUUAUUCGCGAAUUACGUGAGCGCCGUGGUGGCCGAUACGCGUUCGUUCAUUAUUGGACUCCGAGACCUGGAACCAAUCGAGUUGGCCGCAUUGCAUCCGUAAUUGGUCAAAACGGAAACGAUAAAAUGUGUGUUGAAGCAGAAAUAACUUAUUUUACAGCCUAUAAAGUACUGAAUCCUGACCAGCACUAUAAUUUUAGCGAGGUUUGUUCGGAGUGGGUAAACUGCACGACGGAAACCUUACGACGCCUCGCGAUUCUCGAUCAUACAUCAAAUAUCUACGGUGGAUCACCACUAAUUAAGAAAAGCGAGUUCAACGAAUCACCUAGCGUUCUCGACACUCCUAUUCCUUCUCCGGCGCAAAUGUCGGCAGACGCAUCACCUCGUCAUCGAGUUUAUCCACAUGACCCUCAUUGCAUGAAUAGAAAUUCGCAAUUUCAUCCACCACAUUCAAUUAAACCGCCUCUUCCACCUCGUUCAAAUACUCAGUUCCCUAAUAGGCCGCACACAGUUUCUUCGGAUAGCGAGCCGCGGAUUGAGGACACUACCUACGACGUCCUCACACCCCAAUCCCGUGUUAGCUGUGAUACAGACAAGGACGGCGACUGCAGUAGCUUAUCAAGCGAGUUGAGACUUUCAUCCUCAAUCCCUCCCGGGGAAAUCUCUAAUGGCGAAUACGACUGUCUGCGGACUGGCAAUGACCAUCCAGCGAAGUCUGUUGCUCUCAACUUAUCUGUGCUAGUGGAACAGGUGCUCUUUGUUGAAGUCGCUGGAAGGGUUUGGGUUGCUGGAUGGUCUGAAAUGAAAGAUCGUCAUUUGGACCAGCUUUUCAGCUUUGGUGACGAGCUUAUUGAGGUAGAGGGCACACCUGUUCAAGGAAUUUCAAGUAUUCCCCAGUUAUUUUAUACUCUCUCCACUCCUGGGACUCCAGUCAAUCUACUCCUUAGGCCAACUCCUUUUGGGGUAACAUAUCGACUCAUGAAGCCAAUCACUAAAAAUAAGGAGAUCGGCAUUCGUCUGCAUAAAAACAAGAACAGGGUGAGUUUACUACUAUCCAGUAUUUUAUGUUAA